CAGAUUACAGAGAUUAGUGGCGAAAAAAGGAUAAACAAAUCAAUUUUGUUUGUUGCGCAAUACAAUACAAUACCAUCGCAAUAUCAAGAUAAGUCCAUUUGUCCAACACAGUACACACUUCAUUAAUAAUAACAUAAAAAUCUGCAAGUUAUCAUUAAUCAGAAUGUCCACUACGACAUUUAUGGAUAAACUGAAAGUAUUUUUUGGAAUCCGCCAGGAACCGCCUAGAAACGAUUUCCGAAAUCCUAUUUGGGGCUCCGACGACGACGACGAUGGCGAUGAACUGUAUACACGACAUCAAAUUGAACCGUACGUAGACCCGACCGAGCUACAUCGACAUAUUACUUCACAAAUGCAAGAUAUGUUCAAGUCCUUUGGAUCAAUUUUCGGCGACGUAAAAUUAUUUUUUCAGGAUGACCAAUUUGAUUCGUUAGCUGGUUUCGGAGACGUCCCAGAACCUGAAGGCUACAGUGGGAGUAACAAUUUAAGAGAAUAUUAUCUGAAACCUGGAUACCAAAAUCAAAAAUUCGACCACUCUAAACAGGACAUUGAUUUGGAUGGAAAAAUCUCGUCACAUGAGAUUUCCGGCUUAUUGAAACAAAAAGAAGAUGGCCAAAAGGAGAUUACGCCAUUUGACGGUAAUUUGGUGCCAGGGAGGUCAUUUUGCAGAACUAUUAUCACAACAAGUGUGACCAAACCUGAUGGAACCAUAGAAACAAAGCGAAUUAUAAAGAAUGGCAAUGAAAUCAUAGAAGAGACUACAACUUCUACAGGAAUAGACAAUAAAGGCCCAUUCAAUUCCAGUUUAGACCCUAUCUCUUCCACAAGUUACAUUUAUAAUAGUAUAAUGUCAGAGUUAUCCUCUCACUUCAGGAACUUUAGUUUUUGAAUGUGGAUUAAGUCUUAAAUGAAAUAAAUGUUAAAACAAGAUAAAUUUAGUAGGUUUCCCCUGUACAUUAUUAUAUUAUUAACUCAUUAUGUUGGU